CCUGCUUCGGUUACUGUUGAAUCACCACUACCACCCUACUCAUUCAAAUUGAAUCACCACCACCGCCCUCCUCCUCUCUUAAGUGAGUCGUCCACCACCACCAUCAACACCGCCAUGAUGUUUGGUAUUAUGAUUACAGCUAUUGAAGCGAGUAGGUGGUUAUGGAAUUUGCAUUGGGUUGAGAAGUUCAGUUUGCAGGGAAAAAUGAUAGCAAAGAUGUUUUGGACUAACCGGGCACAAAUAGACUAAAUGCUCAUCUCAAAGAACCCAUGAUGGGCCUCACAUGUGGUUGAAGGAAGUUAAAUAUUACAACAGAAUGAGGUGAUCUUGGCUGAAAAAAUGGUGUUUAUGAACAUGCAAACCAACAUGUUGCGAGAUUAUCUUGCAAGUCCCACCCUGCCCAAAUGUUAAGUUGAAAGAGAAAAUAGUUUGAAGAUAUUUAAGCCAUGGAGAAUGUUCCUCACAGCCUUAGAGUCAUCGAGCAAUCUUGACUUCAGCAGUGGAUGAUACCAAAACAGAUGGCAGUCAACAACCCUUGCUCGAUUUUGACAGUUGAUUUUUUUUUAUGCUGACAAGUUCCGAACUCAGGUCACCCGUGUCAUCACCCAAUGACUUUGACAGUUAAUUCAUACCACAGUGGAUGACAGUCAACAAUCCAGUCUCUGUUGAAGCCGUAGAAUAGUUUAUGGUUUGUCAAGGUUGAAGAACUGAAGUACUUUGAAGAUCAGAAGAACAUUGAAGGUCAACAUGGCGCAUCAACUGAGAAGUGGUUUUGUGUGCUUAUAUAGUAAAGAAGCCCUUUCAUGUAUGGUGAGGCAGGAGGUCGUGUCAUUAAUUUGCCAGAGAAUCAGAAGAUGUUUAUUGUAAAACAUUGGCACAACAGUUCAGUGGUCUCUUCUGGGUAUCAUUCAAUGGUUCAAGCAAUGUCAGAAAGCAUAGGUGAAGAUUCAGAUCGGAAGCAUCCAGCUUGUGACUUAUCUUACUUUGGGCGAAGAGAAUUCUCAUUCAUUUUGGGAAAUGACGUAUAUUUGCGUUAUCAAUCGUUCAACAAUGCUGCUCAGAUGGAAAGCUCCACCAAAAGGGAGUGCCCGUUUAAAAUUGAUAUCAGUGCUGUACACAAUGUAGAUCCUGCUAAGCGUAAUGCGUAUUCUGGUGAAAAUGCAUUCACUCCGGUGGAGGAGUUAGUUUUCAAUAUUGAUAUGUCAGAUUAUGACGAUGUUCGGUAUUGCUGCUCGGGUGCUAAUAUUUGCAAAAAGUGCUGGCCACUAAUGACAAUUGCUAUUAAAGUGAUUGAUUCUGCACUCAGAGGGUUUGUAUAUGCUAUGUAUCCCCCCUGCAGGUUGAACAAUGCACAGAGAGCAGCUAUCGCAGACUGUUUUCAUGUAUAUAAGGGAAGCCAAAGUGGCUGUGAGAAAGUUUUCUUAGAGGGUCCUUUGGUCUUGAUCACUCACUUGUUGGUCUUUUUUCAAGUCUUUAUUAACCGGAUCAGUGUUAGCUACUCAUCCACCUUGGUCUCUACAGGUGGAGAAAAAUUUCUUAAAUGGCAAGUUGAAGGCCAUCACAGCUUACUUCAACCACCCCUCAGUGUAAAGGAUUUUAUAACAGUCCCACUUCUGCGAAUUUUGGAUCAAAGUGUGGGUUCUUCUAAAGCUGAACUAGUCCAUGGGUUCUGAUUGUACACCACCAAGACUCCAGAAUAUAUGCGAAAACCUGGAAGAACUUGGACUCUACUAAGAUCAGAGAUUUUUCGUGCCAAAAAAAAAAAAAGAUUGGGGAUUUCAUGGGAGCAUUCUGGAAUAAGCUGCCCAUGGAUGAGGCUAAGGAUGUUAUAUCACUU